CCGUGUCGCGACAACUUAGGUCGCUCCUCCAAACUUCGUGAUCGAACACCAUUCUUACAUACAUACAUAUCCAUCAUGGUAGAACAGCAGUCCACAUCGCGUGGCAGCACGCCUUCAUCAACGCUUCCCGUGAAGCGCACGCUCGAACAAGACAAUGCCCCAGCUAUAUCCUCCCCGCUCAAUCCCAACCCAGACAUCACCGCACGUUCAAGACCCAAAGCUCCACCUCGGGAACAACGUGAGAAAAGAGACACGAUUAAGAAGCGCGAGGCUACGGGAAAUGCACGCGGAAAUACUCCGAAUCCAAAAGUUAAGAAGAGCCGGACAUCUGCUGACUCGCCCAUGCGAUACUCCAUUCCCGAGCCCAGGCCAGCCGAUUACGACCCACCUAGAGAUGGCAUCUUCUUGUCACACGAACCACUUCCAUUGUUUGCGCCCGAUGGCAAAACGGAGCUCAAGAAGCCUCAGGAUCAUGCCUGGAACAAGAAGGGUUACAAAUAUACCCACUGCGUCGCUGACCCAUUUUUCCGCCAUAAGCAAUACUAUAGGCAAAGUGACUCAAAACCAUACGGGCCUCGAAUGAGCCACGAGGAUACGGACAAAUGGUUCCAUUUCGACGAUAGCGCAACUAUUGUCACGCAAGAGAAGGGUUGGCGCAUGGGACGUGGCAAUGUGGUGGCACGAGAGGGUCGCAUGUAUUAUGAAGUCAAGAUACUACGAGGCAUCCCUCAAGAUGGUCCCAAAGACCCCAUUGAUCCCAAAACAGGCGACGUGAAACCCGGUCCACAUAUCCGUGUGGGCUGGGCAAGGAGAGAGGCGCCACUGGAUGCUCCCGUGGGCUUCGACGGCUAUAGCUACGGAAUCACCGACUCGCGCUUCGAAGCUCAACACCGGUCCCGUGCCUCCAAAGUCUUCAAGCCGCUCGCGAAAGGCGCUAAGAGCAAACACAUGAAACCACGUCCACCGCACAAUCGUCCGGUUCCUGUCGAGUACAUUAGCGAUGAACACAUACAGGAGGGCGAUGUGAUUGGCCUAGAGAUCCAGCUUCCCUCUCUUGACCUCCAUCAGAAAGUUGUAACAUCCGUUUAUAAUCCAGCAGUCGACCUGGGCGACGGAUUCGACACCCCCACCAAUCCUGUCCAUGAUCCAGAAGAAAAACCACACGACAUCAUUCGCGACCGCAUCCCCGUGCCUUACAAAGGCAAUUUCUACUUUGAGCAGCUGGACUACCAAGUUACGAAAGCCGUAGACGCAUAUCACGACCGCGGGCCCGUGCCCAAAAUCCACCCGACCCCCAACCACGACGAAGUCAGCGUUCGUUCACUGCCGCACUCGCAUAUCAAGGUAUAUAAGAAUGGAAAGGAAGUUGGCAUUGCAUUUGAGAGCCUCUUAGCCUUCUUACCACCUGCGAGUGUGCCUUCGGCCGAAGCGGUCAAGUCCGGCGCGCGGACAGGUUUUGACGACGGGGUGGUAGGAUAUUUCCCAGCCAUCUCCGUCUUCAAUGGCGGUGUCGCGCAAGUCAACUUUGGUCCUGAAUUUUGGUGUCCACCAGCGGGAGUCGUGUCUGAACAAUCAUCCUAUGACUCUAAAUUUCAGGAGGCCCCCAACACCAGCGUCUCGCAUCAGCAACCGCAAGCAGCGACAGAAAAACCUCUAACUCCACAAGGCCGACAACUCCGACCCAUUGGCGUACGCUACAAAGAACAAAUCGCGGAGGAUGUUGUUUGGGAUAUCAUUGAUGAGGUUGACUUCUUUGUGCAAGACGGGGGGUGGGAAUACCAAGGCGAUGCGCUAGAGGUGGCUGGCAGCGGCGGGAAGACCGCCACACCCAAGGCAAGAGGCUUUGCGAAUCCGGAUGAGAACGUGGGCGUUGAGGUGGGACGGCGCUAUUAG